AUGGCUACUUAGUACUCCUAUUUCGAUUAUUCCGACUAGAAGCAACCAAAAAUUACUAUCGGAAUAGUAGAUUUGAAUUAGAACUUGAUAUUAAUAGACUAUCAAUAAUCACAGUUUGAAAUGAUAAUUGAACUGCGGGAAUAUCUCAGAGAUUAUAUCAAGACUUGUUUCAUGACAAACUAUUACUUUGAAUACGAGGGAAAGGAACUCAACGAUUUUUAUGAAUUCAAAAAUAUUAUUUCUGAAUAUCAGUCAAAAUAAGAGUCAUCUGGAUAGAACAAUUUCAACUUUAAAGAUUUCUUUGCUUAAGCACAAAUCAAUUUGGGAAUGAAUCAAUCCUUUGCCAAUAACUAAUAUCAGCAGCAUCAAUAGUAAACCUUAAAUGGAAACAAAAGGCAAAAUUAAAUCGAAUAUCUAAUCAAAUUUCACAUGAGACCUUAUAGCAGGAAAUCUUCAGCAAAUAGUGACUAGAGUUUUGACAGUAUUUUCUUUUGUUUAAGUUUGUAUUUAGAUCAAUAUGAUUCAUACUAAAAUGAUGGAUAUCUAGAUGAUUCAAAACUUUUACUUAAUGUGUCACAGCACAAUAUCCUUAAUUUGAUCAAUGAAAAGCCAACAGAUAAAAAUAGGAGUCAAAAUAACGAGCAAAUAAACAAGGUUCUCCAAAAGAUCCAAUUGGAAAAGUGCGAAAAUGACUGCCAAAGAAGGGACAUCUAAAAAAGUUAUUUUUACAAGAUCUUUGUAACAAUAGAAAAAUAAGAAUAUCAAGUAAUUGCUUGUGAAUCUGGUUUUUAUAUAUCUGAUGAUAGCACAUUGAAGACAUCUUAUACUCUGCCUGGUUUACUAUGCCAUAUUUCUAAAGUUUUUAAGAAGCAAUUCGAGAAUCAUUUGAAAUAACUUUGUAAGCAUGAUCCAUAUAAAGCUCUGACUAAAUGUGGAGGCAUCAAUCAAAAACAAUAGUGGUUUAAGUCAUUUAAGGAUUACUAUAAUGAGAAUAAGAAGAUAAAUUAUCAAAAUGAAGAACUCAUUUCCAACAAAGAAUAUGAAACUGGGAUUUAUGGAUUGGAUUUCAAACAUGGAUCUACAAGAGAAUGGAAUGAUGAAUAUUAACAGUGUAAGGAGCUACCAAAAGACACUCAAAUGCAAAGAAUUUAGAGAAAAAGAACAAUCUAGAAAAUAUAUUCAGAUUUCGUUGAAUGCGCAAAGAUUGGAGCUGUCAAGGUCAUUCAAGGAAAUGUGUCAGCUUUGAAUCCUAAUGAUCCACCACUCUAACAGAUAUACAUCUAUAAUAAUAUCUUUUUCAGUUACUGUGCUGAUUCACCAUUUGAUUUCAAGGAUAAUAUUCCAACUUAUGCUGCUGUUAAUGGAGAUUUAAAUGGAAUUCAAAAAUUAGAAAAUCUUGACAUCGAUGGUCUAUAUACAUUAGCAACAUGUUUAGUCAAAUUUAUGGGUUCAAGAAUAGUUUGCUAAUCAAUAAUGCCUGGAAUUUUAAGUUUCUCAUCAUAGGAGGUUUAAUGCGAAUAUGGGUCAAGCAACAAUAACAUUAAUAUAGGAGAUUCUUCAGAUAUGAAUCAGAUUGUAAUUAUUUUAAUUUGUAACUAAUUAUUAGACUAAGAAAAUAAGGUAUUGGCCUGUUUCUUAAAAAGUCAAGCAAUAAAUUCUCUUAUAAAGGAUGGCUUAAUGGUUCCAGAGGGAGGACCUACAGAUUCUGAGUCACUUACUAGCAUUUUCCAUUUUCAUGGAGUCAAUAUGCGAUAUCUUGGAUUAGUGUUGACUAAAUUCAGACAAGAAUGCCAAGAGAAGAAUUUAAGAUUCAAGCAUAUUGACUUCUUGCUUGAAAAGGAAAUCUUCAUAAGAUCAAUAAAGCAUUCAAUCAUCAAUCAUAGGAUGCUUAAUGAUUCAUAGGAUUCUGAUUCUGAGGAAUAAACUGAGUUUGAGAGUAACUAGCACUUAAGUGAGUUAGACUUUCUAAUUCUACAAGAAGAACAAGAAAGGAUAAAAGCUGCUUCAAAGAAAUAAAAUAAAAAGAAGGGCAAAAAUAAGAAGAAGAAAACUAAAUUAGAAUCUAGUGACAGUAAAAAAUCUAGCAAUGUUAGCUAAAAUACAAUAGAAUUUUCUUCAUUGCAAUGUGUAAUUAGCACUGACUGUGAAAAGUCAAGUGAUUGGUCAAAUAAAUCUACAAUUAAUCAAUCAUCAUCAAGAAAAGGAUCUCAAUUUAGUUCCCAAAUAUCAGAUUUAUAAGAGAUUUCUGCCAUUCCUAAUGAUGAAAUGAUAAUUAAUUAAGAUAGCAAAUACUUUAGUGUUUAAAAUGAGAACAACCUCUUUUAGCAGUUAGAUUCCAAAAAGGAAAGUGAUAUAUUAUUCAAGGAUAUUACUCCAGAUUCUCUCUUUGAAUUACUUAACUUAAUAUCAAAAGCUCAAAUUUGUAAAAUCUUUGGAAUUACAAUUGAGCAGAAGGAUUAUCACCUUGAAAAUGUUUAAAAUCUAUGUUUUGAUCUCAACCCAUAAUAUGAAUGGCUUCCAUUUCAAUAUACCAAUAUCAUUGAAUUUUUACCCAAUGUUAAAUAGAUCAGUCAUUAGAACAUAGAAGUUGAUAAUAUCAUGGCUUAAGCUAAUAAAGCCUUCAAGGAUAAUCUAUAAGAAGUUGCUUUCGAUUUAUAUGCUUAAUGUGUCAGUAUCCAUGUACAAUUAUAAGGUCCACUCUAGAAAGAAGCUUUUGAUUGUCUUUAGAGAAUGUCAAGGAUCAUAUAUCUUCAAAGUGAUAUUAAUAUGGCAAUCGAUCUGUAAAUAAAAGCUAUUUAAAUUUCAACAGUGCUAUUUGGAAUAGAUCACAGCUCAACUGCCUAUGCGAUCUCAACAUUAGCAUUGUAUUAUUAGCAAGUCCAAGAGCAUGAAAAAUCAAUAUAGCUGCUAGAAAAAGCAAUUCUGAUCUUUACUGUAGUAGAAGGUGAAAAUCAUCCAGACAUUGCUGCAACUUAUGUAACUCUGGGCUACCUAUUUUAAGAACUUGACAUGCUUUAUGAAGCGCUAGAUUCCUUUUUUGAAGCGAUAAUUAGAUUUAAGGAUUUAAUGGGAGAGGAAAAUAUUUAAAUAGCUUCAUGCUACUCGGCUAUAGCGGUAACUUACUUUCAUUUGGACGAGCUUAGAACGGCUCUUGAUUAUUAAGAAAAAUCACAUGCUAUAUUACUGAAACUUUAAAGUUAGACUCAUGAAGACCCUUAGUAAUAAAAGAUAUAUGGAACCUAUCUAGAAAGUUCAAAUCAAUUGGUGAGCUACUAUGCAGGAUGCUGCAUUUAAAGAGAGAAAGCUUUAAGAAUGAACUAAUAGCACAUGAGCACAAGACAGUGCAAACGAGCUUUAAGUAAACCCGGAAGCUAAAUGCUUCCGCAGAAUCUCAACUUUUUGGAUUUGUUAGAAUACAACAGAUUCAUUUAAUCAACGCUAGAAUAAAGAUUGUGA